UACCUUAAUUCUGUUAUAACCAGACUGGUAACAAGAUGACCAUGUUAGUGAGGCGAAGAAAAAGUACCAGAAAAGGUAUCAGUAAACCCGCUCGGAUGUUUCCAACCUUGCCAUUUCGAUUCCCCAGUCAAUGAACCCCGCGGGAUUGACCGUCCGACGGACGACCGUUUCACUAGGAGGUAUCAGGUAUAGCCUGUUCCAUACCCAUAUAUGUCACAUCAAUUCCAUAUAAACCUACUUUCGCUGUAGAAAUCCCAAUUAAAUCACUUCUCAUGAUCAGACUUCAUCAGAGACCAACGUAUUUAAUAACAUAUCACCUCAAUACUCAUUCAAACACAUAAUUAUCCAUCUCACCACCAUUCAUUACCUACUUGAUAAAAGCGGAAAAGGGGUAAUUGGCAAUGUCGUAUUUCUCUAACCUCAUCAAUGUACUCCGACAGACUUUCCCAGGGAAGCCGACUUUCGUGGAGAAGGAUAUCCCGGAUUUGACGGAUAAAGUCACCAUUGUUACCGGAUCAAACACCGGUGUUGGCAAGGAAAUAGCUCGGAUUCUCUACUCCAAGAAUGCUAAAGUCUACAUGAUGGGACGGUCCGAGGAGAGGAUGAAGAAUGCUAUCGACAGUAUUAAAACGGCUGUUCCGAGGUCAGCCGGCAGUCUCACAUACAUUCACCUCGAUCUGGCGGAUUUGGAGACUAUCAAGCCAGCGGCGGAAAAGUUCCUUAGCAAGGAACAGAAACUCGACAUACUGUUCAACAACGCAGGUGUUGCCUUUCCGGCAAAGGGCUCCAAGACGAAACAGGGAUAUGAACUUCAACUUGGAGUGAAUUGUAUCGGCACCUUCGCCCUGACAAAGCUCCUGACGCCCAUCCUUGUUUCGACGGCGAAGACGUCGCAACCUAACUCCGUCCGUGUAGUCUGGGUAUCAUCGUCUGCUUCCCAGGCUGGAAACGCCAAGGCGUUCUUGGAGUAUGUUUACAACGCCGAAAAGGGGGAAGUGUUUGACCAGUACGCCACCAGCAAGCUGGGGAAUUUCCUGCAGUCGACCGAAUUCGCUUCCAGACACAGGGGAGAUGGCAUUGUAUCCACCUCAUUGAAUCCCGGUAACCUCGACUCGGACUUGUGGCGCACCCAAGGUCCUCUCACGACAUGGUUCCUUCGAAAGACCGUCUUCUACCCCUCUGUUUACGGAGCAUACACGUGCUUGUUCGCUGGCAUUUCUCCGCAAGUUACGCUUGAGAAAUCCGGAAGCCAUAUCGCACCGUGGGGACGGCUCUGGAGCGUUUCCAAUGCAAUGGUUGCUGCUUCUAAGAGCAAGUCGGAAGGUGGUACUGGAGCUGCCAGGGAGUUCUGGGAUUGGACUGAUGAGCAGGUUAAGAAGUACAUUUAAUUGCUCCCGGAAGUUACGGC